AGCCGUCUGCUCCGUCGCCUCCCAGCUCUCCUCUCUCCUCCUUGCGCGUCUGACGAAGAACCAGUCCGUCCACUUCACUCCCCAGCAGACAUGGCAGCCGAUCGGACCCAGGGGCAGCUUGAAGACGGCGACGCGGUCCAUUCAUCAGCCUUUGGGUCUCUUCGGGAGCCCGUGUUCAACAUACCGAAGAGACAUGCCCGGGUGACGGUGAAGUACAACAGGAAAGAGCUGCAGAGGCGGCUCGACGUAGAGAAGUGGAUCGACGACAGCCUGGACCGGCUCUACUCGGGUCAGGAGAGUGACAUGCCAGAGGAGGUGAACAUUGAUGAUCUGAUCGACCUCCCGAAUGACAACGAGCGAGUCAAGAAGUUACAGGAGCUUCUUCAAAAGUGCAGUAACAGUACAGAGGCCUUCAUCAGAGAGCUGGUGGCAAAGCUGGAGGGAGUCCACAAGCAGGAGGAGCUGCAGAGCGAAGGCAUCGAGCAUCCGGUCGUCUGCCACAGCCACUAUCGCCAUGAGCCCUACCACUUCAACAACCCCCCGCACCACCAGCACUUCCAGCAAACCAAAGGCCAAAACCAGAGCCUCUGAUGAGCCCAAUCCUCUAAACUCAUACACAAACUGUUUGUCGUGAACAUGAAUUGUCACUUAUGUUGGACUAUGCAAGGCAAUGAUCAAUGAAGAAUUAAAAAAUACUGUAAAACCAUUCUCAUAUAUGUUCAAUGUUAAGCUGCUGGCAGAAAGCAGGAAACAUUGAGAUGGCACAAAAUGUUUCUGCCAAAACAAUACUGAAAAUAUGCUCAGAGAAAUACAGAAGUACAUAUAAGGCUCUCUAAUAAAUCUGGAUUCUCAACUGGUUGUCUGACAGACUUGCAUGGGCACUGAACUGCUCCUAUCUGAGCAUGUAGCCCACCAUUAAACCACAACGCCGCAGUUUCUGUACAGAUCAGAGAAAGACGAGAAAGGCAAUGCUGUGCUGAGUAAUCUGGUCCUGGUGUUCAUGUAGAUGUUUUUGGCACCACCACCCCAUAGCAACGACACUCCUUAAUCGCAGCAGCCAUCCCCAGCAGGAAAAUGAGGCUUUCCACACUAGAACAACUGCUCAGCUACUAAAUGUUGACUGGGCUUCCAAACUCCCCAUACCCCAAACUGAUUAUGUAUCUGUGGGAUCUUCUGAAACAAGCCACAACUCCCAAAGUCUGCGCUCCAACGUCCUGGUGCCAGACACUAUAAGACACCCGCAGAAGGCCUAAUCUGCAUGGCAGGCAAAUAUCGUGAACUCAUUAGACAGGUGGUGUUAAUGCUGUGGCUGAUGAGUGCAACGUGUUAAUGGUGAAAAGGGGUUAGUGACAAAAUGCUCUGCCCUGUAAACAGCUUUUUGGGUCAUUGUGGAGAGAUAAUUCACCAUGCCUAACGCAUCAAAUAAAGAAAAAAUGAUCUCGUCUAAAACUAAUGAAAUGGUAGGGGCUUCAUUCAGUCGUCGUCAUAUUCAAAAUCUAAAACAAUAUAUAUCUCAACUCACAAAAAUACACAAAAAUACCAGGAUGCAUUUAUGUGCAGCAACAAACCUCGUGACUCUCGUUUUUAUUUGACUGGAAACCUUUUGUCGCUUCAGUGCUUUUUGUACUGGUAGUUUGCCACGGCCGUUUCUGGCACUAAUCAAUUCCUGUAUAUAAAGAAGAGUGGGGUCAACAGCAUUUUAUGUUGAAACUAUCGAUGCGAUAACCUGAACUGGGUCACAGUUACAGUGGGCCACCCUCCACUGAGCACAUGCACAGUUUUAGAUAACACUCUUAGAUCAGAUGCACGUACCUGUACAACUUAUUUAACAUGUGUGUUAAAAUUAUGAUGGUUCUUUAUUGUCAUCGUUGGACAGAUAUCCGAUAUAGAGUGUGCUCUAACUCUGGAAAUAAUCCUGUGCCGUUACUUAAACAUAAUGAUUUCAAUGAUAAUUUACUCUCAUUCAUCCCAUCUGUUCCCUAGUUGUGUUGUUACUACAUUUUCAGUCAUGUCAUCGCAUUUACUAAAUUUUGUUUUUGUCAAAGAAGUCAAAGAAAUUGCUAAUAAAAUAAUAUCUAAAAACGG